AUGUUUGCCCGGCACGGGAAACUGGUCUCCCCGAUCAGAGUGAUCUCAUCGGGGUUCAAGGAGAGCUUGAUGAAGCACAUACUGAGUUACCGUAGAUCGGUUUAUAUGAUACUCAACGACCGGAGCGCGGAGUUAAACCUGCGCUUCAGCGUCAGAGUAGAUGAUGUUAACUAUAACGUCUACGCGUCUUCAUCGGCGAUGAAGUGCUUUCAGUGCGGGCAGGAGGGGCACACCGCGAGGGUCUGCUCGAAGCGAGGCGACCCUGCGCCAGCUGGUCCGGGCGGCGCGGGUCCGUCCGGCGUGUCGCGCCGCGCUGGGCCGGCUUGGGGAGAAGCGACCGCGGCAUCUCUGAGAGGAGGCACCGCUGGCGCGGCGGCGGCUCCGAUUCCAGCGGAGAGCGCGGCGAGCGGCGUCACUACUGCUGUACCCGACACACAUGUGCAGUUGGUGGAUGCAGUGGGGCCGACGCUGAGCGACCCCCCGGCCCUGGGCUCCCUGCUGGGGCUGCAUUCCGACCGGGUGGCGAGGAGGCUCCUGGAGCUGUGGAGGCAGAGGCUGACCGGGUUGGAGGAGCCUCCUCAACGACUACAGUCAGCAGAGAGCAGAGCCGGACCCUGCAGACCCCUUCCCAGACAUCUCCCUCAGCCCGGGGCUAGGGGGACUCACCGGCCCCCUGCUAAGAACGAGCCACCCAGAAAACUGCACACUGAACAAAGCAGACAAGAAGACUUUGUAUUUUAA